CGCUGAUCCUUCCUGCCAUCGCCCGUCCUGCCAUGGGAAGAAAUGGUUUGCUCUUCCGGCUGACAGGACCGCAGAGCUCCCUGGCCAUUGCCAUUGCCAUCCGCCUGCACGCAGCAGCAGCAGCAGCAGCUGGGCUGGCCGCAUCCUGCAAAUCCCAUCCGCGUUGCGACUGCCAACCAGCGGCUAGCGACAGCUCUCUCCCUACCAGCGCAGGACGCCUGGCGGUCCGCGAGCCCGCUCACUUCACUAAGUUAGGCCAUCAGGCUGCAUCAUCUCUGUAUGAUCUGCAGCUCCACUGCUGCGUGGCCUCGCGGUGGGUAGCCUCGGCGGUGGUGCCUGGUCGCCAGAGCCCAACACGAAGCCGCUGCAGGUACCUCUGAAGAAAAUGACUUCAAACCCGCCGUCCGCCGGCAUGGGUCCUCCAGGACCGGCGGCUCCUCCUCCAUUGCCUUCCGCGCCUCCGAGCGUAGGGCCGAUACAAACGCAAAGCCUCAAAAGGAAUGCGCAGGCUGCUUUUGACGAUCCAGAUACUCCUCCACUCGUGAGGAUGAACGCUACCCCAUAUGCCCCGCAAAGGCACAUUAAUGAUAAUUACGAUAUUGUUGGCUUCAUCAGCAGUGGAACAUAUGGACGAGUAUACAAGGCUGUCAACAAGCGAGGCGUCCAACAAGCAAAUCCUGCGAAACAUCCCGAUGGCAGGCCCAUCGAAGCGUUCGCCAUCAAAAAGUUCAAGCCUGAUAAAGAAGGCGAACUACAGUAUACCGGCAUCUCUCAAUCAGCUAUACGUGAAAUGGCACUAUGUACCGAGCUGAGCCAUCCGGCAUUGAUCCAUCUGGUCGAGAUCAUUCUGGAGGCGAAGUGCAUCUUCAUGGUUUUCGAGUACGCAGAGCACGAUCUACUACAGAUUAUCCACCACCACAGCCUCCUCCCUCGAACUCCAAUCCCGGCAUCGACACUUCGAUCCUGUAUGUACCAGAUCUUCUCAGGUCUGCUCUACCUGCAUCAAAAUUGGGUGAUUCAUCGCGAUCUGAAGCCAGCGAACAUCAUGGUCACAUCCUCAGGAGCCAUAAAGAUUGGAGACUUGGGGCUGGCGCGUCUAUUCUGGAAGCCGCUACAUGCACUAUUCUCUGGCGAUAAGGUGGUUGUGACAAUAUGGUAUCGCGCACCUGAGCUUCUGUUAGGCAGCAGACAUUACACUCCAGCGAUCGAUCUCUGGGCCGUAGGGUGCAUUUUCGCCGAGCUUCUCAGCCUGAGACCAAUUUUUAAAGGAGAGGAAGCCAAGCAAGACUCCAAGAAAGCAGUACCAUUUCAACGUAACCAAAUGGGAAAGAUCGGCGAGAUAUUAGGACUCCCUAAGAAAACCGAAUGGCCCUUGCUGGCUUCCAUGCCAGAGUAUCCCAACCUUUCAAGUGUCAGCAUGCAUAACCCAGGUGUAAACCGACCUCUGACACUCGAGAAGUGGUACCGCAAUACUUUACAGAACAACCACUACGGGAGCACCUCAGGCGCGCCACCUCCAGAUGAUUCAGCACUGGACCUGUUGAAGAAGCUACUCGAAUACGACCCACUGAAGCGAAUGACGGCAGAGCAAGCUCUCAAGCAUCCUUACUUCACUGGAGGGUCGAAGCUGCCCUCUUCGAACUGCUUUGAGGGACUAGAAGCGAAGUAUCCUGCAAGGAAAGUGAGCACAGAGGCACAUGAAAUCGGGACGAGUAGUUUGCCGGGUACGAAGAGGACUGGUCUGCAAGAUGAUCGAUUAGGCCCUGCGCAGAAGAAGUUGAGGGAUGGGUGAGAUCGGUCUAGGUUGUGGGAACCAAGAUAUGAGAAUGUACAGAACCUGAAAAAAGUGCACACACUGGACAUUGAUUUGGAAGAGCUGCCAGGCCCAAACUCAGACGAGCUUCUUACAGUACUUUUCGAUGGGGAUUCAGUCUACACGAGCUGCUGCUCAUAGUCGACCAGCUGCGAACAACCAACCUUCAACACCGGACUGGACUGUAAACAAGAGUGUCGUUUAUCGGCGUUCUGACUGAACUGUGAAUUCAGGACCGACAAAUACUGCAAUAUACGCAUAUUUCGGCCCUGCCGGUCUGCAGCAUGUUGGCAAGAAUGAAAUGCAAAAUUGCUCAAUCACAUCCGCACUAUUCCUUGGGAGCUCCUUUCGUCAGCCUCGUGGGGGAGCCAGCGAGCCGUGGUGGCACGGAAUCAUCUUCGGCCGCACGGCGUUCUCCAUGAGCAUCACGCCCAGACUCGACACUUUCGAAGCUAAAUGUCACCUUUGGCUGCUCACCCUACCUCUCGCAGCAGUGGCUGUGCUAGGUGUACAUGCAAGACUAGCAGAAACAACCAAUAGGUGGCGCCACAGCUCUACUGGCACAAACUCAACAACGUCGUGCGCUACUUAUGCAUUGCAUUCAGCUUGCCACAAGUGCAUAGCCAAGCCACAAUUUCGGAAUGUGAGCGGGCGUACAGCCAUUCUGCGCAUUCUCUCUUCGGGCGGUCUUUUGCCAAGUUGCUGGCCAAGAAACCUUGCUGACCUUGAGGUGCAGUGGCUAGCUGAGACUAGGUGAACUCAUGCCUGGACGAGUCCACGUAGCUUGCGAGGGGAUUGUGGCUACCUGAGAGACUAUAUGUACAAGCCGAGUACACAGCAUACGCGGAGCGAGCUUGCAGUAAGUUGCGACUAAGCGCGCACCAAGUGAUG